AUGUCAUAUCCGGAUCCGCCACCCCGAGUGCCCGUCGGUCCCCGACGAUCCGAACGGACGCCGGGUCCCCUCGGUUCACUCCCACCUGCACCCUCGUCCCCCCAGAACCACUUCCGGGUUGAUCAGAAAACUGACCAUCUCCAGAAACCAGCUCCAAACGAUCGAAACCAAACCAGCCCCACCAUCCGAAAACUAGCGACCGCAACACCGUCCAACAAUGGCCGUAAGUUUCCCACUACGGUCUCGAUUCCAGCAAACAGAGAACAACAGAUUGAUGAGCUCUUCCGGACGACGCCCUCCUCGAAAACACAACAGGUCACAAGAAUGAUCUACAACGCGAUCAUGAAGCGUAACUCGACUUACGUCUCGACCAUCUUUGCCGGCUCGUUCAUGUUCAGCAUCGGCUUCGAUUCUCUCACUUCUGCCUGGUGGGAACAACACAACAAAAAGAAAUUGUGGUCUACUGUCAGAGAAAACGUAAGCUCACCGUCUCCUGCUCUGGACCGCAAAGAACACUGA